AUGGUGGUGUGCGGCUACUGCCGGAGACCACUGCGGUGUCGCAGCGAUGAGGAAAGGGAAUGGAUGGAACGACUGAGCCGAGACGAAGUAUGCGGAGCAUUCACCCCGGCCGGGGACAGUGAACGGCGGUGCGAUCACUGUCGCGAGGAAGCCUACUGCUCAUCGGCCUGCAAAGACGUAGCGUGGACCACCUUCCACCGAAGGCUGUGCCCACAACAGCCACAUGCAGAGGUGUCAGAAGAGCAGCAGGAGGCGCUGCACCAACUGUGGAAGGAGUUCAGGGGCGUGUUCGGCGAGCUGCCACUGUUGGUGGGCAAAUUGAUCGCCAAUGUGCUGACGCAGUUGGACGAUGGCAAGUCACCCGAACAGGCGGUGGACAGUUUUGAGCAUUUUGUGGUGUACCCGCGAGAAGCCAUCAAAGCAGAGGAUCCGGUGGCCUACGACCAACUCGUGCGAAUGGCCCACAUCACCAACCGCGCGCUCUUUGACCCACGAAUACCCCAAUUAUUUGAGGAAUCCGUUUAUCUACGGUUAGCUGGGAUCGUGCUACUCAAUUCGCUAGGAAUCGACUUCAGCUGCCCGGUUUUGAACACGCCGACACAAGCGGAUGCCGAGCAGAUCAAGAUGAUGGAAUUUGAUGGCGCGGUGGUGUGUCCCAUCCUCUCUUCCCUCAAUCACUCGUGCCAGCCAAACGUCAAGUCAACGCUCCGCUCGCAGGCGCAGGCGCGGGGAGACAGCUGCCGGGUGUCGCUUAUUGCCAAGCAAGACGUCGAGCCGAACGAAGAGCUGUGCAUCUCCUACGUGCCCCUUUCCUGGACGCGCGCUACGAGGCAAACCACCCUCCUCAAGAACUACUUCUUCCACUGCCAAUGUGAGCGUUGCGUCAGUGAGGCAGCCGAAGCUGAAGAUGCCAUCAACAUGUGA